AUGCAACAUCUGGAUGCUAUUUCGCUUGGCGUUUUCUCGUACUUGCAGGCCCACGAACGUGUGUCCCGAGUCGAAUCAAAGCCCUUCGUUGGAGCUACUCAGAUGGAAUUUGGGCUCUGGGAGCAGAAAAACUCCCCGAAUAUGCUUCCAGAAGAUUUGAGGCGCUUCUACUCGAUCGCUAACGGACUGUCGGUCAAGUGGUUUGCUCCAUUUUGUGAGAAAACCACUUUAGUUGGUCAUUUCUUGCUAAAUUCGCUUCAAGAUCUACAUCGUCUCUCGAUCACGGACCUCCCUUCAAAGUGCCGCGCUGCAGAUAUGCAUAGACUUGACAUGAAAAAGAUCAGCCACAAGGAACUCGUUGGGUUUUCUCUCGAAGCUUCUCCAAAAUAUGGCACUGUCGUUCUCAUCUAUCUGGAAGGUACCGUGCGUCCAAGCUUGUUUAUUGAGUCUCGAUUUGGACUAUAACCACACUCGAAAUCGUGCAGAAGAGCCGCAAGUAUGGUUUAGGGACAUACGAGGCAAGUGGAGCUUCCUGGCCGAGACGUUCACCAACUAUUACCGUAUGAUGCUCACUCAUCUGGGCAUCAUAUCAUGGCAGGUAAGUUCUCAUAAAUAAGACAUAGUAGUGAAAAAGAGUUUCAACUUCACACUGUUCAUACUAUCCGAGCAGACAAUCUUCUCCGAUACUGGUGUUGAUCCCAUGCGAAAGCCAUGGCUUUACCUGUUUAUCCCAAACCGAAUGCUUCUUGAUGAGCAGAAUGCUCGAGAUCAAGGACAAGAAUAACAGAACACUUGCCAAUGUAGAAUCAACAGGCCAUUAGCAUCUUCAUUGAGUUAGCCACCUGUGCUCAGACACUGCAGGUUUGUCAGAUUUGUCAGACGUGCUAUCCUCCAAGUAAAAGAUACUCUCA